UGUUAUUUUCUUUAAUGCACCUGCAGAAGGAUUUCCUAGUUUUACCUGUGCGGACACCGUGUCUGGGCGACAGCUGCUACUGAUGGGGUUGCCUUGAAGAAACGGACAAAAUCCCAUCAAAGGUGUAGCAUGAAAACACGUCAACCUGACCUCUGAACAAGUUUACCGUAUUUGCUGUCUGCUGAGAGUUUCCCCCAUGGAUAUAGGUCUGCUGAGGCCCAACUGAGACAUCCUGAAGGUGGAAGUGGAGACUCUGUGGAGGGUGGGCAACUGGAGUGUCAGAGGUCUUUGCAGGUGUUUCCUCUCAUUGUAAAGCAUCAUUUUUCAUAAACAUGAAUCCAAUGUGGAAGAUUUAUAAAAGCAAAGUGAUGAAGACUCUGGAUCCGGAGUAUGAGGAGGACACUGCAGAAGAGGUCACAGAGGGGGAACAUGAUACGGGUCCAAUACAGGAGGAUGAAGGACCCAAUGCUGUAUCUCAGCUGGCAAGAAAGAUGCAGGGCGCCGGGGCCAAAAGCUGGAACAGAUUUUCGUCUCUCUUCAACAAAGAGGAUGAACACCAGCUCCUGGAGGAGACUGAAAGCCCACCAGUUGCUGAUCACCCUCUUGCAGUAAAACCUGAAGAACCUCCUCCUCGACCAAACAGGCGCACAGGAUUCUGGGAUAGCUUCGCCACCAACUGGGCUGCAAAGAAGCAGGCCGAAACAGCAGCGGCAGCAGCCACUGCUGCAAGCGAUGGUGAUGCACAGCCAGGAGAGGAAGGGGAGAUGCAGGCUGCAGUGGAGGAGCAGCAGGAUGAGCAGAGCACCACAGAAGAAAAGGAUGAGGGAAGCAGCAACAGCUUCUCUAAAUAUGUCUCAUUGGGAGGAGGCAGCGAAGAGGCCUCCUUUAAGUGGAACUUUGUUACCAGCAAACUGGCAGAAAUGAAGUCCAAGGGCAUGGUGAAUAAGACCAACUGAGGACUACAAAGAUUACAGAAAGGUUACAGCAAGUCAUAUUUAGCUGAACUUUAUCCUGUUAUAAUCUUAUUUGAGUACGUUUUUCAGGUAAAAAGGCAUUAUGAAAACAUCCUCAAACUGAUUCACAGUUAAAGACGCAAACAUUGGUCUUAGAGCAAAUAAUGAACCUCUCCACCAGUACCAGGCAGAUUAAAUGAGUAUAGUCUAUAUAUUAACAAAAGCUCAAAUGUUAAUCCUGCAAAUGAAUUUUUCGCUUUAUUAAUGGUUUGCGUGUACUGUGCUUUUUUUUUCUCACUUUGUAAAGUGCUUCAUGACGGCCCCAGUAUAGGGAGGUAAACUAAAAAAACUUUGCAUUAGAGUUUGUGUGGUUACAUUGUCCACCCCACUACAUAUUUCAAGAGAGAAAAAGGCAUUCUUUGCUUUCAGCAAAUGUAACUUAAUCAGUCGUUUAGGAGAAAUUGGAUUGAAAGAUUAAGGUCGGUGAUACCUGGAUUAGCAGAGGAUCAGGGCACUUAACCUGUUCAGAGAAAAGGAUUACAGCUUAAAGUCU